AAAGCAGUUUUUUGGCGCGUCCGAGUUUGGCUCGCGCUGAGGCGCCAUCAGCGCCCUCUGGGGCAGUCGCAAGAGUGCAGCCGGCCUCGGCGCAGCCUCCCACGGCAGCGCUGCGGCUGCAACGCCGAACAGAGGCUGGACAAGCGUCGCGAACACUUUUGACUCGGUCGGCAGCGCGGACGCCGUCGAAGCGCUCGUCAUAAGCAAUGCUGCGCCGCCUCGCAACGCUCCUCGCCGUCGCGGCCGCCGAACUCUCGCGCGAGUUCACGCUCCCGAAGGCGGUCGACCUUAGCACUGCAAAAAACGCCCUCGUCAAGGGCGACAUGCACCGCCUGCUCUCCUACAAGUCGAUCAAGACGAGUCGAGAAUCGGGCCGCGUGCACGUCAACGAAUUCCGGCACCCCAUCGGCGGCGCGACGGUCGAGCGCUGCGAGGUCCUGAGGAGCGGGCCGAACCAGUUCCAGAUGGUUGUCACCGCGGCCUCGCGCGAGGCGCCCUUCGGCGAGACGUUCACGACGCGCGUCGUCGUCACGCUGCGCCGCGACGCGAACAAUUGUGUGGUGAUGGGCGCGACGUCCUCGGUACAAUGGAACUCGGCCAAGCGGCCGCCGCGGAUUCUUGAGAGGCAGAUCAGGAGCGCCGCCGAGAAGGGGUCCGUGAACGCCUACGGCGCGCUGGCCAAGUGGCUCGAGACCGGCGGCGCGCCGGUCUCUCGAACCCGGUUCAGGUUGUUAAGGCGAGCCGUCUUGGGCGUCGCGGUGGGCGCCGGCGCGCUGCUGCUGCGGCCGAAGGCGGCGGAGUAGUCGAUGGCGUCGCAGCUACGCCAUCGUCAAAUUCGCAAGAUCCUCAUUUGGAAAGUUGUACAUAACAAUCAC